GUGCGUCCCCCGGCUCUAACCUGCGCGCUGACGGGAGCAUGAUCUGUGCCCAGGCCAGGGCUGUCAAGAAUCUGUACCAGAACAGGUUUUUAGGCCUGGCCGCCAUGGCAUCUCCUUCGAGAAACUCUCAGAGCCGACGCCGGUGCAAGGAGCCACUGCGCUACAGCUACAACCCUGACCAGUUCCACAACAUGGACAUCAGGGGAGGCCCCCACGAUGGCGUCACCAUCCCUCGUUCCACCAGCGACACCGACCUGGUCACCUCUGACAGCCGCUCUACACUCAUGGUCAGCAGUUCCUACUACUCCAUAGGGCACUCGCAAGAUCUGGUGAUUCAUUGGGACAUAAAGGAGGAAGUGGACGCUGGAGACUGGAUUGGCAUGUACCUCAUCGAUGAGGUCUUGUCUGAAAACUUUCUGGACUAUAAGAACCGUGGAGUCAAUGGUUCUCAUCGGGGCCAGAUCAUUUGGAAGAUUGAUGCCAGCUCUUACUUUGUGGAACCUGAAACUAAGAUCUGCUUCAAAUACUACCAUGGAGUGAGUGGAGCCCUGAGAGCUACCACUCCCAGCGUCACGGUUAAAAACUCAGCAGCUCCCAUUUUUAAAAGUAUUGGCUCUGAUGAGACUGUCCAAGGGCAAGGAAGUCGGAGGCUGAUCAGCUUCUCUCUCUCAGAUUUCCAGGCCAUGGGAUUGAAGAAAGGGAUGUUUUUCAACCCAGAUCCUUAUCUGAAGAUUUCUAUUCAGCCUGGGAAGCACAGCAUCUUCCCUGCCCUCCCUCACCACGGACAGGAGAGGAGAUCCAAGAUCAUAGGCAACACGGUGAAUCCCAUCUGGCAGGCUGAGCAAUUCAGCUUUGUGUCCUUGCCUACUGACGUGCUGGAAAUUGAGGUGAAGGACAAGUUUGCCAAGAGCCGUCCCAUCAUCAAGCGCUUCUUGGGAAAGCUGUCAAUGCCUGUCCAGAGACUCCUGGAGAGACACGCUAUAGGGGAUAGGGUGGUCAGCUACACACUUGGCCGCAGGCUUCCAACAGAUCAUGUGAGUGGACAGCUGCAAUUCCGAUUUGAGAUCACUUCUUCCAUCCACCCAGACGAUGAGGAGAUCUCCCUGAGUACCGAGCCUGAGUCGACGCAAAUUCAGGACAGCCCCAUGAACAACCUGGUGGAAAGCAGCGGUGGGGAGGCUCCGGGCGAUGCAGCAGAGGCCUCGGAGACCUCGAAGCCAGAGCUGCCGAGCGAGGGCAGUGUCGUGGAAGGUUCCGGAGACCAGAGCUUGGAGCUUUCCAGACCAGGUGAGGAAGCCGCAGGCACCACUGAGGCGGGAGAUGAUGGCACGGUCCCUGUGGGACCGGAAGGAGCCGAGGAGCUCCUGGCCGAGGACACCCAGCCUGCCCCGAGUGCGGAAGAACUGGCCGAGGGCCUGGACCUGGACGAGGAGGCGCCGCUGCUGCUGGAGGACGGCGAAGCCCCGGCCGGCCCUGAGGAGCCCACGGAGGAGGAGGAGGCGGAGACGGGGAGCCGGGCUGGAGCGGAGGACAGGGAGAAGGAGCCGGAGGAGGAGGAGGAGGAGGAGGGCGACGUGUCCACCCUGGGCUGGGGAGAGGGCAGGCUGCAGCUGCGAACCUCCGCGAAGAGGAAAAGCCGGCCAUGCUCCUUGCCUGUGUCCGAGCUGGAGACGGUGAUCGCAUCGGCCUGCGGGGACCCCGAGACCCCCCGGACGCAUUACAUCCGCAUCCACACCCUGCUGCACAGCCUGCCCUCUGCCCAGGGCGGGGGUGCCGGCGAGGAGGAGGACGGCGCGGAGGAGGAGUCCACCCUCAAGGACUCCUCAGAGAAGGACGGGCUCAGCGAGGUGGACACGGUGGCUGCCGACCCGCCCGCCCUGGGAGAGGACGGCGAGGAGCCCGAGGGGGCCACGCCAGGCAUGGCGCCCCCCAGCCACUCCGGGGGCCACUUCCCCGGCCUGGCCAACGGCACGAUCCCGGACAGCGACACGCACCCCAGCACGGGGAGCGAGAGCGACUCCAGCCCCCGGCAAGGCGGGGACCACAGCUGCGAGGGCUGCGACGCGUCCUGCUGCAGCCCCUCGUGCUACAGCUCCUCGUGCUACAGCACGUCCUGCUACAGCAGCUCCUGCUACAGCGCCUCCUGCUACAGCCCCUCCUGCUACAACGGCAACAGGUUCGCCAGCCACACGCGCUUCUCCUCCGUGGACAGCGCCAAGAUCUCCGAGAGCACCGUCUUCUCCUCACAGGAGGACGAGGAGGAGGACAACAGCGCGUUCGAGUCGGUGCCCGACUCGGUGCAGAGCCCCGAGCUGGACCCCGAGUCCACGAACGGAGCCGGGCCUUGGCAAGACGAGCUGGCCGCCCCUGGCGGGCACGUGGCAAGAACCGCUGAAGGUCUGGAGUCCCCCGUGGCAGGCCCGAGCCAACGGAGAGAAGGUGAAUGUCCUAUACUCCAUAAUUCCCAGCCAGUAAGCCAGCUUCCUUCCUUGAGGCCUGAACAUCAUCACUACCCAACAAUCGAUGAGCCUCUUCCACCAAACUGGGAAGCUCGAAUUGACAGCCAUGGGCGGGUCUUUUAUGUGGACCACGUGAACCGCACAACCACCUGGCAGCGUCCGACAGCAGCAGCCACCCCAGAUGGGAUGCGGAGAUCGGGGUCCAUCCAGCAGAUGGAGCAACUCAACAGGCGGUAUCAAAAUAUUCAGCGAACCAUUGCAACAGAGAGGUCUGAAGAAGAUUCUGGCAGCCAAAGCUGUGAGCAAGUCCCUGCAGGAGGAGGCGGAGGUGGAGGGAGUGACUCAGAGGCUGAAUCUUCCCAGUCGAACUUAGAUCUGAGGAGAGAAGGGUCACUUUCUCCUGUGAACUCACAAAAAAUCACCCUGCUGCUGCAGUCCCCAGCGGUCAAGUUCAUCACCAACCCCGAGUUCUUCACUGUGCUGCACGCCAAUUAUAGUGCCUACCGAGUCUUCACCAGUAGCACCUGCUUAAAGCACAUGAUUCUGAAAGUCCGUCGGGACGCUCGCAAUUUUGAACGCUACCAGCAUAACCGGGACUUGGUGAAUUUCAUCAACAUGUUCGCAGACACUCGACUGGAACUGCCCCGGGGCUGGGAGAUCAAGACAGACCAGCAGGGAAAGUCUUUUUUCGUGGACCACAACAGUCGAGCUACCACUUUCAUUGACCCCCGAAUCCCUCUUCAGAAUGGUCGUCUUCCCAAUCACCUGACUCAUCGACAGCACCUCCAGAGGCUUCGAAGUUACAGUGCUGGAGAGGCCUCAGAAGUCUCUAGAAACAGAGGAGCCUCUUUACUGGCCAGGCCAGGACACAGCCUAGUAGCUGCUAUUCGAAGCCAACAUCAACAACAUGAGUCAUUGCCACUGGCAUAUAAUGACAAGAUUGUGGCAUUUCUUCGCCAGCCAAACAUUUUUGAAAUGCUACAAGAGCGUCAGCCAAGCUUGGCAAGAAACCACACACUCAGGGAGAAAAUUCAUUACAUUCGGACUGAGGGGAAUCAUGGGCUUGAAAAGUUGUCCUGUGAUGCGGAUCUGGUCAUUUUGCUGAGUCUCUUUGAAGAAGAGAUUAUGUCCUACGUCCCCCUGCAGGCUGCCUUCCACCCUGGGUACAGCUUCUCUCCCCGGUGUUCACCCUGCUCCUCACCUCAGAACUCCCCAGGUUUACAGAGAGCCAGUGCAAGAGCCCCCUCACCCUAUCGGAGAGACUUUGAGGCCAAGCUUCGCAAUUUCUACAGAAAACUGGAAGCCAAAGGAUUCGGUCAAGGUCCAGGGAAAAUUAAGCUCAUUAUUCGUCGGGAUCACUUGUUGGAAGGAACCUUCAAUCAGGUGAUGGCCUAUUCCCGGAAGGAGCUCCAGCGAAACAAGCUCUACGUCACCUUCGUUGGAGAGGAAGGCCUGGAUUACAGUGGACCUUCGCGGGAAUUCUUCUUCCUUUUGUCUCAGGAGCUCUUCAACCCUUACUACGGACUCUUUGAGUACUCAGCAAAUGAUACUUACACAGUGCAGAUCAGCCCCAUGUCUGCGUUUGUAGAAAACCAUCUUGAAUGGUUCAGGUUUAGCGGUCGUAUCCUAGGCCUGGCCCUAAUCCAUCAGUACCUUCUUGAUGCUUUCUUCACGAGGCCCUUCUACAAGGCACUCCUGAGACUGCCCUGUGAUCUGAGUGACCUGGAAUAUUUGGAUGAGGAAUUCCACCAGAGUUUGCAAUGGAUGAAGGACAACAAUAUCACAGAUAUUUUAGACCUCACUUUCACCGUUAACGAAGAGGUUUUUGGACAG